AUGCUACCGUCCGAACGAGUGGCUACCUUUGUGCUUGCCGGCACUUCUCUGGUCACAGUCAGUACUGUCGUCAUCGUCGGUUAUAUAUUCGCUGAUAUCAACCGAUUUUAUGACAUCACUCUGAAGGAACUCGGUGAAUUCAAGUUCUACGCCGAUGACGCAUGGGAAAACAUGCUCCACAGCGAUCAGCAAAGCUAUCAUGGGAUUCAGAAACUUCUUGAAAGAUCCAAACGAGCAUAUGGCGCAGAAUGCAACUGUGAAGAAAGGGCACGAAAUUGCCCUGCAGGGCCUCCAGGCCCACCAGGAGAAGGGGGAUCUCCUGGAGAUGAUGGACCCCCAGGAGUAGAUGGCAGACCAGGCACACCAGGAAAAUCCAUUACAACUUCUAGACCUGGUGGAUGUAUCCAAUGUCCGGCGGGACCACCAGGACCACCAGGACCGCCCGGCGGUGAAGGCAUUGCUGGCCCACCUGGAAAAGAUGGGCCACCUGGAGCUUACAUGGCUGCAGUCUCAAAACCUGGCCCACCUGGUCCACCGGGAGAUGCUGGUGCACCAGGAGAGGCAGGCCCACCUGGCCCACCUGGACGACCCGGAGAAAGCGGAAAGACAGGGCGU